CUAAGUUUGCGCAGGCACAUCAUCAUUUCUCCGCUAACUGCGCAGCUCAACGAUAGCUUCCUUCGUGUUGCGCACUCGACAACGACACCAUCGCCGACCAACACCGCGUCCAUAUCUCAGCUUCACGCCCUCCUCCUCGACGUGCCCUUCCCAAUUCACUCAACCUUACAGACACUAUGUCAACGGUCUUUGAAAGCCCGGGGAGCGAAUACACCCCCAAGUUCGCUCCCUUUUUCGGCAUGGUAAGUUACCUGUAGCGUCCUCGAUCAAUCCUCACUAAUCAUGGGCAGGCUGGAAUAGCUUCUGCAAUGAUCUUCGGCUGCAUUGGAGCAGCAUAUGGCACAGCUAAAUCAGGAAUCGGAAUUGCCAACGUGGGAACCUACAGGCCUGAUUUGAUAAUGAAGUCUCUUAUCCCUGUCGUCAUGUCUGGUAUCAUCGCCGUGUACGCUUUAGUGAUUGCAGUCCUAAUCGCCAGCGACAUUGGCCCCCCACCGCAACAGAAUUACAGCCUAUUUACUGGUUUCAUGCAUCUAGCAAGCGGCCUCAGCGUUGGACUAUCCGGGCUGGCAGCUGGCUACGCCAUCGGGGUUGUGGGAGAUAUGGGUGUUCGAUGCUAUCUACAACAAUCUCGAAUCUUUGUUGGCAUGGUGCUGAUACUCAUCUUCGGCGAAGUCCUCGGCUUGUACGGCUUAAUCGUUGGCUUGAUCCUGCACUCCAAGUCGUGAACUACCGAUUGGUUGUGUUUAUGAGGCGGAUUUUACUGGCGGGCAGACAAGACUACCAUGUGGGCAACCGUACAGCGGUUGGCCUCGUACGAUAGAGUGUAGAUCACGAUAAAGGGAAGACGGCACAAAUGACGAUCAUCGAUUCUUCGUCAAAUUCUGAUUGUUUGUUAUACGUCCAAAUCCAACGUUCACUGUAAGAACCUGCCCACAUUUCCACCCACGUGGUCCAGGUCAAGCAAGAAGGUGUCGUGACCGAAUAAGCUCAAGUCUUCGCCCAAUUCAAC